CCCGCUUUAUCAAAAUGCAAGAAAAAUGACACAACUAGAAGUAGAACCAGUUAUUUUAAAAAAUUAUACGAUUGAGAGACGUAUAGGAAAAGGGGCUUAUGGGAUAGUUUGGAAAGCGGUGAGUAAGAAAACACACAAAAAAUUAGCACUCAAAAAGAUAUUUGAUGCUUUCAGGAAUCAAACAGAUGCUCAGGUAUAAAGCACCAUCUUAACCAGUGGUUCAGAGAACUUUUCGAGAAAUAUCAUUUUUACAGCAAUUUUCCAAUCACCCAAAUAUCAUCCGUCUUUUAAAUGUUAUAAAAGCGGUGAACGACAAAGAUAUUUACUUAGUUUUUGAAUACAUGGAAACUGACUUAAAUAACUGCAUCAAAAAAGGAAAUAUUCUGAAAGAUGUUCAUAAAAGGUUCAUUUUGUACCAGUUGUUACGAGCAGUUAAAUAUAUUCAUUCGGGGAAUGUAAUACACCGUGAUUUAAAGCCAUCUAAUGUUCUGUUAAACUCAGACUGUUUGGUGAAACUAUGUGAUUUCGGCUUGACACGUUCAUUGACAAAUACUCUAGAAAAUCGUACAACAUCUAUGGAAUCAUUUAUAGAUGGAGAUGAUGAUUAUGACAAUCCUGUGUUAACCGAAUAUGUAGCUACGAGAUGGUAUCGGGCACCAGAAAUUCUGCUAGCUUCAAAUCGUUAUACAAAAUAUGUAGAUAUAUGGAGCUUAGGGUGCAUAUUGGGCGAAAUGUUACUUGGUAAAGCAUUAUUUCCCGGUACAUCGACAAUCAAUCAAAUUGAGAGAAUCAUAUCGGUUAUGGAAAGACCGACAAUACAAGACAUUGAAUGCCUUCAUUCAGACUACGGUAGAUCAGUGUUGGAUAAAGCUUUACAGAAACCAUAUCGUCGCUUACGUACGUUAUUUUCAAAUAAUACAGAAGAACAAGCUUUAAAUUUACUUGAAAAUAUGAUUCAGUUGAAUCCAGAGAAACGCUUCACUGUUGAACAAGCAUUAAAUCAUAGUUACGUGGAAAACUUUCGUGAUCCUUCAUCUGAAAUCGUAUUGAAACAUCCAGUUACCCCAAUUCUAAGAGAUGACAAACAAUUAAGCGUAUCAGAUUAUCGUCAAAAAUUAUAUGAGAUUAUAGUGGAAAAGAAAGCUCAACAUAAAAUGCGAAAAAUGCUGCGUUCAGUUGAACUGAAUGAAAACAAAACAACUGGAAAUUCAUUGGCUUCAAAGAAAGAAUUGAAUCAUGAAAAUACUUCUGAAAACAAAUCCAAAACCGAUCUGAUUAAUCAAAAUAUCAAUAGAGUUGGUUGUCACGAUCCAAAACUAAGUAAUACCAACCAACAAUAUAAAGCAACUGAAACAGUAAAUCAAUAUCAAUGUCGCUCUGAUUUAAAUGAGACGAAAUCUCUGUCAGAUUCAUAUAAUUCGCGAAAUCAAGGUAGCACAAAUAUUAACCACAAUGUAUCAAUCUCAUCACCGGUGAAUCAUAUAAAAUAUUUACACAGCAACGGUACAUUAGAAAAUGAACACACUUCUCAAUCCAGUGUAUAUAAUCAGCCAAAAUCCACAUCUGUUUCUAUAAUUAAGGCGAGCACAAACUCCAAUCUAACGAACAAUAACAUAUCUGGCGAAUUACGUAGACGAGUAACGAUACCUACCUCAUCUAUCAGUUCACAAAAAUAUAAACAUGAAUUUUCUUUAAACUCAGAGAGCCUAAAUAACACUCAGAUUAUGAAAACCAGUAUGAGUAAGGAAGCAAAUAACCCAGUCAUCCUUCGGGGAAACAGGAAUACAAAUUUCGGAAGAAAUUCUCAGAACAAAAAUUUGAAGUUACAUUCGUGAAAUAAUUUCUUAUACAAGAGACCUAGCUAACUGAAGUGAAAGUGUGAACUUUCAUCAGGAAAUAAUCGCUGAUAUUGUCAACUCCUAAUUGUUGUUCUAACUCUUUGGUCUCAAGUAAUACAGCAUGAUUUCAAUGUGUAUUUGUUCGUUGUUACAUAUUUGAAUCUACUAUGCAGAACUCAGUGAGACCAAUAAAUUAUUGUCAUACAAAUAACAAACAACAGAUCGUCAACACACCGUCUACAUCAUCGUUAAUAACACCAUCAAAAUUAUACUCUCCAUCUUUUAGUAAUUAUAAUCAAACAUAUGGUACAAUAUCCUUAUCUCAACUACACCAAUUACAUACACGUAAAUGGGCAAAUUAAGGAAAUAAAAUAAAUUUUUUGCGAAAAUCUGUAAACAUCUUUUUUUUCUUCUUGAUCUUCAUGUUUUCAUUAGAUCAUUAAAUGUACACAUUCAUAUCAGGGAUAAAUUAUUAGCAAAUGAAUAAUACAAUGUCCAUUCAUUGUAUUUACAAAUUGUAAUGUGUACUUUACCAUGAUUAAAAUUUAACACCACUACCGUGAUUUUCUGAAAAAGAAAAAUUCGCAUUUUUUUUAAAUUUUAAAUCAUUUCUACGAAAUUUUCACAUUUACUACUUCAAUGAACUGAUUAUUCUUUUACAAUUUAUGAAUCUACUUUUCAUUCUAACUAAUGAUAAUC